AUGUCCUUUCAGGACGCGGAGGAGCCCCAAGAUAGCGAAGAGGAUGCCGGUGGUCCAAGUAGCGACGAGGAACUCCGGUCCCCGGCUUACAUCAACGGCAACGGAGAGGAUGCCGAAAGCCCUGAAGACUCAGAUGUUCAAGGCGAGCCGGAGACGGAGGUCGAAGAUCUCGACGCUCUGCUCGUCGAUGUUCAAGACCACAUCUUCGGCGAGAUGCAGCUUCCCCCAGACGUUGCGGAGGAGUUGCAGGUCGCCUUCGCUGCCUUUCUCGAGUCAGCUGGGUCCAGAGAUGCGGCCGGCGAAGCCGUCUACGCCGCGAUUUUUGAUGCAGCUCCGGAGUUGCAAACCCUUUUCAAGACCCCGCGGUCUGUGAUGGCGAUGCGCUUUAUCAACGGGCUGAAUCAUCUAGUCGGCGAGCUCACAGAUCCCCCUGCCUUGAAGACGGUGACGGAGACCUUGGGCUUUCAGCAUUUGGACAUCGAAGUUACGACCCCGCGAGCCGGAAUUUUCCGGAACGCCAUCCUCGAGCUCUUUGAGCAGGAGCUCGGUGGCAACUUCACUGGCAAGGCGAGGGCUGGAUUACAAGCACUCAUGAACUAUGUCGGGGGUGCCAUGAUCUACGUCCGGCGUGAGUACUCGGAACGCUAUGGAGAAGCAAGGCUCCUCAUGGUAUAG